AUGAUGCAGAAGCUUCACAAGCUCGCAAAACUUUCGAAGCGCACGUCCAUGUUUGACGAUCCAACGGUCGAGAUUCAGAAUCUGUCGGCGCUCAUCUCGCAAGACCUCUCCGCGCUUGAAGCCGCGAUUUCCGGCCUACAAGCGUUUUGCGCAGCGCAGGCGGGACCGGCGGCGGGGAACGCGGCGAGCUCGGCGGGAGCGGAUGCCGCAACGCGGCAGCGCAUCGACCUGGGAAUGGCGGUGGUGGAGAGCCUGCGAGAGCGGCUCGCGAAGGCAGGGGAGGAGUUUAAAGACGUCCUCGCGUCGCGAUCAGAGGCCCUAAAAGUGAGCGAGAACCGGCGACAGCUCUUCUCCGCUACAGCCGCCACGGGCCAGAGCGCUACAGCCUGGCACAGCAAGCGCCCCGUGGUAGGAGCCGGCACCGCGCUCCUCCCCACCACCUCCUCCUCCUCCCUCUCCUCCCUCUCCCUCGCCUCCUCCCCCUCCGGCUCCCCCUCCUCCUCCCCCUCCUCCACCCUCCCGGUCUACAACCCCUUCGGCCGAGCCACCCCUGCAGCCACCGCCAGCAACAGCCACACCGGGUACACUCCCAGCAAGAGCAACGUUAACGUUAACGGUAACGGUAACAGCUUGUUACCGACGUACUGCACGUCUGCUUCGGGAAGCAGCGUGCAGCAGGCAGCAGUGGCGAGCGAGCAGCACGCAGUGGUGCUGCAGCAGGUGGAGAGCAGUAUGGGCGAGCUGACUGCUGUGUUCCGGGACCUGGCGAAUACGGUGGCGCAGCAAGGCGGCGCGCAGGGCGCGCAUGUGAAGGGGGAAGGCGCUGCUGACCUGGCCAUCUGCAUUGACGACGGGCUGUCAGAGUCGCUGCUGCAGAUGCAGCAGACGCACGGUAUGCUGCUGCAGCAGUUGGACAUCGCACACUCGCACCGCCCCCUGAUCAUCAAAUCCUUCCUCACGCUCGCCUCCUUCCUCUUCCUCCUCUUCGCCUUCUCCGCCUGA